ACGGGGUGCGGGGGCGGUGCGCUGACGUCACGGAAGGACAAAUUCAUUAGGUCUGGAGGACGUUCGUUCUCUGUUAGCCGGUGAGGGCCGAGUGAGCGCCAUCUUCGAGCUGCUAAGAUGUACUCCACCGUUGCCCAGUUGGCCCGGGUGAACCCUUUCAGUGCUCCACAUUUUCAAUUGGGACAGGAGAAUGUGACUUUAAGGAAGAGCAGCACCCCCCAGGUCCAGCCAGUUCGCCGCCUUGCUGCCGCUGCUGCACCGGACGGAGAUUACAGUUGUGAAUAUGGCUCCUCGCAGUUUUAUGCAAUGUGUGGCUUUGGUGGCAUCCUCAGUUGUGGUUUAACUCACACUGCAGUGGUACCUUUGGAUCUGGUGAAGUGUCGCAUUCAGGUUGAUCCGAAAAAGUACAAGAGCAUUUUCAACGGCUUUUCUGUAACACUGAAAGAAGAUGGAGUCCGUGGCCUUGGUAAAGGAUGGGCCCCUACAUUCAUUGGUUAUUCAAUGCAAGGAUUGUGCAAGUUUGGAUUCUAUGAAGUUUUCAAAGUCUUGUAUUCUAACCUUCUUGGUGAGGAAAAUUCCUAUUUGUGGCGCACAUCCCUGUACCUGGCUGCAUCUGCCAGCGCUGAGUUCUUUGCAGAUAUUGCUUUGGCUCCAAUGGAAGCUGCAAAAGUUCGUAUCCAAACACAGCCAGGAUAUGCAAACACUCUGCGGGAAGCAGCCCCUAAGAUGUAUGCCGAAGAAGGAGUUUGGGCGUUCUACAAAGGUGUUGUUCCCCUCUGGAUGAGACAGAUUCCAUACACCAUGAUGAAGUUUGCCUGCUUUGAGCGUACCGUUGAAGCCCUCUAUAAAUAUGUUGUACCCAAGCCACGCAGUGAAUGUUCAAAGGGCGAGCAGCUGGUUGUCACUUUUGUUGCUGGUUAUAUUGCUGGUGUAUUCUGUGCAAUUGUGUCCCACCCUGCUGAUUCUGUGGUAUCCGUGUUGAACAAAGAAAAGGGAAGCACCGCUCUACAAGUCCUUAAGAAGCUCGGACCAAAAGGAGUCUGGAAGGGGCUGACAGCCCGUAUUAUCAUGAUUGGUACGCUAACUGCUCUGCAAUGGUUCAUCUAUGACUCUGUGAAGGUCUACUUCAGGCUUCCUCGUCCUCCUCCCCCUGAGAUGCCAGAAUCUCUGAAGAAGAAGCUUGGCCUGACCCAGUAAACAUAUGGACUAAAAUAAUGUAAACUUACAUGACACUUUAGUUUUUAUAAAGAAAAACUCAACCAUGUAGGAUCUACCAUUUCCCAGAUGUAAUUAUUGGUUGUACGUGCACUCUGCUUGGUAGCUCACAACUGUCAAUUGGUUUUACCAGUGUGCUUGUCUGUUGAAAUAAACAGAAGAUCCAGAAAAUAA